GUGGAGAAAAUGUUUUAUUUUCGGAAAAGUACAUCUUCGUCUAUUGACAAAGGCUGGGCAUGGAUCGUCCUCUUUGGGUGUUUUAUGGAAUAUUUAAUAAUAGUUGGUAUGUUCAAGUCCUUUGGAUUAUUUUUCGUGGAAUAUCAGAAGAAAUUCUCAGCAACAUCGUCUGUAAUUUCUACGGUUCUCUCUGUUCAAACAAUUAUAGCAAGCGUUCUAUCUAUUAUUGUCAUGGGAAUCGGAACAAAAUACUUUGGUGAGCGGUCCUUGAUAAUUGGUGCUGCACUGUUUGGGCUCGGCUCCAGUGUAGGCAAUGCAUUUGCCCCUCGGCCUUCGGUAUUGUUCUUCACCCAAAGUACUUUAUUUGCUUUAACAGCAGUGACGGCGCAUACUCCAUCCACUUUGAUACUUGGUAAAUACUUCGAGAAACGUAGAGGGAUGGCUAAUGCGAUUGCAAAUGUCGGUGGAAGCAUAGGAGGACUGGCUUUACCACCUUUAUUUGCUUAUUUAUUUGAAAUUUAUGGCCUGCAAGGUGCGCUCAUUACAGCAGGAGGAAUUUUUCUUCAUUUCAUUCCCAUUGGGAUGUUGAUGAGACCAAUUGAAAGAAAGACAAACGUAUUACCAGACAAGGAUGAAGAAGGCAAUAACAAUGAUUUAAUAGGUAAUCGACUUUCUGAUAAAAAACUUUCUUCAAAUGAAAGAAUUAAAGAUGAGAGUGAACUUGAAGUGAAGGAGAAUCUAAUACCAAAAGGUGUUGAUGAGAACUUAGGACAAAAAACUAGUAGGUCUGAAGAUGACAGAAAUAUACAAGUGAAGCCUUCUGAAUUGUUUGGAAGUUCAGCCGAUAUUUCAGUGACAAUAUCCAUGGAAGGAAUUAAUUUAGCUGAUUCCAAAUUGGAAUCUGAUUCGAAAAUAAAAAUUAACACGGACCUUUAUCAGGAUGAAAAAGGCAGAAAUUGUUGUAUGCAGAUUUUAUUUACUUUAUUUGACUUUUCAUUGUUUAAGAAUGUUCAGUUUAUCCUAUUAAUGACAUCAUCAGUUCUCGUCUGUGCUGCCUGCAGUAUUCCUAUUACUUACAUUCCACCUUUUGCUAAAGACAAAGGAUUACAGACAGAAUUAAUUGGAUACCUCGUAACAAUUUCGGCUGCAAGUGACUUAGUAGGCCGAUUUCUAUUUGUAUUUAUUGCCGAUACCAAGAAAAUUGAAAGGCAUCAUAUGAUGACAAUUGCAAUGAUCGCCAAUGGAGCUACAUGUUUCAUGGCAUUUUUUUCUACAAACUUUACAUACCUUGCGAUAUUUGGCAUCCUUCAGGCUAUGUUUGGCGGAGUUUACUAUUCCAUGAUUAAUGUUCUGGUAGUUGAUUUCAUUGGAUUGGAAAAACUAAAGUACGGAAUAGCAUUUGGAGCGGUAACGAGGGGAAUAUCAAUAGCUGUGACUUCGUUGGCUGUUGGUAUUUUACGAGAUUCCACUGGUAGUUAUGUUGCGGGAUUUUCUUUGAUGGGAGUGUGCUCAAUUGUUGGGGGAGUAAUUUUACUUUUCAAGCCUUUUGUGUCAAGAUGACAAACCGAAUGUGUAAUAUUAAAACACACUGAGAAAAAAUGGAUACCAAAAUUUAUGCC